CCCUCUUGCCGCCAUAUUUGAGUUCCGGGUAGCCGGGGCGGCGAGAGUUGCGCUGGCGCCUGCCGAGUUUCUGCCGGGCUCGCGGAGGACGCCCGGAUGCACCAGAAGCAGGAGAUGGAGCCUGUGACCUUUGAGGAUGUGGCUGUGAACUUCACUCUAGGAGAAUGGACUAUGUUGGAUUCCAGUCAAAAGAAGCUCUACAGAGAUGUAAUGAAGGAGACCUUUAUGAACCUGAUCUCCAUAGGGAAAACAGAAGAAGAAGAUGAUGUUCAAGAAGAGUACCAAAAUUCCAAGGGAAACCUGAGGACACUGGUGGUUGAGAGACUCUGUAAAUAUGAUUAUGGUAGUCAGUAUGGGAAAACCCACCAACAGAAUCCACAGCACAUUGUGAAUGAAAAAAUGUCUCCUGCAAUAACGGAGUGUGGAAGAGACAUCAUUGCUCGUUUACCCUCAGGUACACACAUCAAACAUCAACCUGGAGAGAAGCCAUUCCAGUAUCAGGAACAUAUGGAGAAGGCGUUUAAACAUAAGAAAUGUUGGAAGGAUUUUACUUAUUCUGAGUUGCUUCAGAUGCAUAAAAGCCCUCCUAUGAGACAGAAACCCUAUGAAUAUCAGCAAUCUGAUGAAGCCUCUAGGAGUUUCACUUCCGAUCACGAUUAUGAGGGAACUUACACUGAAGAGAAAUCUUAUGUUUGUAAACAGUGUGGGAAAGCGUGGAGUGAUUCCUGUAGCCUCCUCUGGCAUGAAAGAAGUCAUAUUCAAGAGAAACGUCACACAUGUAAGCAGUGUGGAAAAGCAUUUAGUCGUCCGUCACAGCUUCACAAACAUGAAAGGAUUCACACCGGUGAGAAACCUUACGUGUGUGCACAUUGUGGAAAAGCCUUCAUCGAUCGCAGAACCUGUUACAAUCAUGAAAGAACUCACACUGGAGUAAAGCCCUAUGCUUGUAAACAGUGCGGGAAGGCAUUUCUUCGUUCCUGCCAGCUUCUCAUCCAUGAGAGAAUUCACACUGGAGAGAGACCCUUUGUAUGUAAGCAUUGCGGAAAAGCUUUCACCUACUCCAGUGCCUGUUACUAUCAUGAACGAAUUCACACUGGAGAGAAACCCUGUGUUUGUAAGCAGUGUGGGAAGGCCUUUAAAUGUUCCGCAUACCUUCACAUACAUGAAAGAUCUCACAGUGGAGAAAAGCCCUAUGUAUGUAAGCAUUGUGGAAAAGCCUUUGCUUAUGCCACUGGAUGUCACAAGCAUGAAAGAAUUCACACUGGUGAGAAACCAUAUAUGUGUGUGCAGUGUGGGAAACUCUUCACUUUCCCCAGAUCCCUUCACAUACAUGAAAGAUCUCACAGUGGAGAAAAGCCCUAUGUUUGUAAGCAGUGUGGGAAAUCUUUCACUCAGGGAACUUCUUUGCGAAGGCAUGAACGAAUUCACACUGGAGAAAAACCUUACGUAUGUAAGCAGUGUGGGAAAGCUUUCAUCCAACGUGAUGAUUGUUACAGUCAUGAGCGAACUCACACAGGAGAGAAACCAUACAUGUGUGUUCAAUGUGGGAAAACGUUCACUUUUUCCAAAUCCCUUCAAAUACAUGAAAAAAAUCACACUGGAGAGAAACCCUAUAUAUGUAAGCAGUGUGGGAAAGCAUUUACCUGUUCCACAUACCUUCUCAGACAUGAAAGAACUCACAGUGAAAAGAAACUCAGUGGAUAAUGUUUCUACCAGUGUAAAUCAUAGGAAUGUCUGACGGCAACUUUCAUUUUGAGGUAUGAAAGAAGAAAAAGGAGAGACACUAAGAUUAUGAGAACAACAGAUGUAUAAUUUUGGUCCUCGUAUGCAGAUUUCCCUCAGACGACUUUGUGUAUCAGGUGUGCUGGUGCGUGCCUUUCCUUCCAGCAGUGGGAAACUAAGGGCUAGGCAGUUACAGUAUUUAAUGAAGCCUGUGCUGUUUACUGGGUUUGGACACAGCUUGGGAGGUUUACAAACCGAUUCCAACUAAAUGAAAUUGUCUGUAAAUAGAAGAAAGGUGUCUUUUUACCAAUAAGAUAAAAUUUAUGAAGUGAUCUCAUGUGGUUGAGUCCUGUAAAAGAAUUGGGAAGAUAUUGAAAGUUAACUUGUAUGGAAUAUUUCUGAAAAUAAACCAUGUGAAAGAGA